AUGGCGUCAGCAGAGGAAAAGAAAACGCAGAAGAAGAAGGAAGAGGAAGAGAUGAAAGCGAAGCGGAAAGAGUACAUGUCCAAAGCGGACCCCUCGACGGUGGAGAAGAUGCUGGGUGGAGGCGACCUCGGGAAAGACUACUUCAAGGAAGGCGAAUGGAAGCCGAGCUGGACUUAUCUGGAGUUUGAUGGUGAUGCCUGUCUGGCGGAUGUGCUCGGUAAACCCCAGGAAGGAUUCUACGCGCCAGCUGGAACGAUGCUUCCUUUGGGUGCUCAAUUGCCCGAGAUGACAGUGUUGAAGUAUGGCGGGUACAUCCCGGAAGGAACGUCAUUCCCUGGAGGCGUGAUGGUACCGAUGCACGCUCGUAUGGUCAAUGUAACUGCUUCCGAAGGAAACCACCAAGCCAUCUCCAAAGUCAGCAUCAGAGUCGCUUUGCUCAUCGCCCUGCGAGAACGUCUCCGUCUCGCUCGGACAAACGCUGGCUACUCAGCUAGUACCACUAUGGCGGCUGUAUACCCAUCAUCCGCCUCUGCGCCUUCAGAUGUCUUUCUUGCCCGCCGGAUCGCCGAGAUUCAGACACAUUUCCCUCAGCUCUAUGCCCAAGUCGCAGCAGCGCACACGACGGAGCCUGUACAGAUCCUUCGGGACAGGCCUUGGAAGAACUCAGAGGUAAUCCGAAAAGGGGUCUAUCUCCCUCAACAGACCAAAGACAAAGAGUUUGCUGCGGUACUGCAUCUCGACGGGCAAAAGAUGAUGCAAGAGGACUUUGACAAUGCUCCGCUUUGGCAGAUCACUGUCUAUGCGAGCACCUCUCAGUGCAGAGUAUAUGUGGCACUCUCCGUUGAGCACGUCAUGAUAGAUGGGCGUGCAAUGGCCAAUCUCUUUCAAGCUCUUCUCGCCGAAAACAUCUCCGACCUGCCCCAGGACACGCUGGAAGCAACUCCGCGGGCUGAGGAUACAAUCAACAUGAGACCCUUUCUCCAAACGUACUUCGCCCCUGCGAAAUCAUGGCCAGCAGAACAGAUCGACGUGUCGCCCCUGGCUUCUCCCUCGGCACUUCCUCUCUUUAGCCUAUCCUCGGGCGACGUUUCCCAGCCCAAAGCACUCGCUAGGCUGCAUAAAGUGCCCGCUUUGAAUGCGGCUCUGCUUGCUAUGUACGGCCUGGCGGUAUGGUCAAAGUACCGCUAUACUCUGCGCCCCUUUCGGCUGGUCGCCAUCUCUGCCCGAUCCGAACGAGACGCGCCCCUCUGCCAUGCCUACGCCCUCUCCAACUAUGUCAGCUCGCACCAAAUUGAUGUCUACAUCCAGUCCGGUGACGACUUUUGGACUAUUGCCAGAAAGGUGUCGUAUGACACGAGCAAUCCUCGGGCAAUAUCGCUUGCCAGGAUGAGGAUGGGCAUGAUUGCCCAAAUUCCUGAUGGCAUUUACAUCUCGACCUUUGCCGACCGACACUUUUUGAAGAUUUCCUUCUGA